ACAUAAGGAGAAAAGAAAACACCUUCAUCGAUCCAAAUCAGCUGCUAAUUGAUUUUACAUCUUCCUCAACUCACCACUCUCACACUAACCAAACAUCCUCAAAAUUUUCAAAUGUUCCUAAGGCAUUUCAAAUCCGAAUCCCCAUUCACCUCCAUUCUCCCUCCAAAUGCCACCCUCCGCCGCCUCUCCACCUUCACUCCAAACGACGACGUACACAAAGUCUACACCCUCCUCACAACCACCUCUUCCCCGGAAGACCUCAAACAAUCCCUAAAAUCCACCGGAAUCUUCCUCUCAAACGAACUAAUCGACCAAGUCCUCAAAAGAGUUCGCUUUGGCCACGCAAACCCCUCACAAACCCUCGAGUUUUUCAGUUACACCGGAAGAAGAAAAGGGUUUUACCACACCGCUUUUUCCUUCGACACCAUGCUCUAUAUCCUCGGUAGAAGCCGCAUGUUUGAUAACGUUUGGGAUGUUCUAAUCGAAGCGAAACGAAAGGAUCAAACUGUUAUAACCCCUCGAACUGUUAUGAUUGUGUUGGGUAGAAUCGCCAAAGUUUGUUCCGUUAGACAAACUGUUGAGUCGUUUAGAAAGUUCAAGAAGAUUGUACCGGAUUAUGAUACUAGUUGUUUUAAUGCAUUGUUGAGAACACUGUGUCAAGAGAAAAGUAUGACCGAUGCUAGAAAUGUUUAUCAUAGUUUGAAGCAUAGUUUUCGCCCGAAUUUGCAGACUUUUAAUAUUCUGCUUUCUGGAUGGAAGACUUCUGAAGAUGCUGAGUUGUUUCUGAAUGAGAUGAAGGAAAUGGGGGUUACGCCGGAUGUUGUUACGUAUAAUAGUUUGGUGGAUGUUUAUUGCAAAGGGAGGGAAAUUGAGAAGGCGUAUAAGGUGCUCGAUGAAAUGCGUGAACGGGAUUUGUCGCCGGAUGUGUUUACUUAUACUAGUAUUAUUGGUGGGUUAGGGUUGAUUGGUCAGCCGGAUAAAGGUAGGGAUGUUUUGAAGGAGAUGAAGGAGUAUGGUGUUUACCCUGAUGUUCCGGCUUAUAAUGCUGCUAUUAGGAACUUUUGCAUUGCAAAGAGGCUUGGUAAUGCGUAUGAUUUGGUGGAUGAGAUGACGAGCAAAGGUUUGAGUCCUAAUGCGACUACUUAUAAUUUGUUCUUCCGGGUUUUUUACUGGUCGUUUGAUUUAGAGAGUUCGUGGAACUUGUACAAGAGGAUGAUGGUUGAAGGAUGUUAUCCGAAUACGCAGUCUUGUAUGUUUUUGAUAAGGUUGUUUAAGAGACAUGAAAAGGUGGAGAUGGCGUUGGAGCUAUGGGGUGACAUGGUGGAGAAGGGUUUUGGGUCAUGUACGUUGGUUUCUGAUGUGCUGUUUGACAUGCUUUGUGAUAUGGGGAAGUUGUUGGAAGCAGAGAAAUGUUUCUUGGAAAUGAUUGAGAAAGGGCAGAAGCCAAGCAAUGUUUCGUUUAAAAGAAUCAAGGUUCUUAUGGAGUUAGCGAACAGACAUGAGGCUAUUCAAAACUUGACGCAGAAAAUGGGGGUGUUUGGGCGAUCGACACAAGUUCGCGAAAGAUUUAUGACACCAGUAGCGGAAAUGAGGGGAUUGGACAUCUAACCGAAUAUCUUAAAUGAGCUAAACCAUAUCAGCCUAAUAGAUUGAAUCUCCGAUAGAGGAGACGAGUGUCAAAGGGAAGAGUGAGGAGAGACACAAGAAAUAGGCUCAUCGAAAUAAUACAGUAUUUGGUUUUGUACUCUAGUUGUCAUACAUUUUACACAAUAGAACUGAAUUCUGGAAACUCAUGCUCUAAUUUAUGACAUUUUGAUAGUCAUGCCUUGAAGAUCAAGAAAAUAAAGAGAUGUUUCUACUUCAUUUCUGAUAUUUUCUGGCAUUGUUUUUUCCUUUCAAAUUGUUUCAGAAGGUCUUUAAACAUUGUAUGAGCUGCUCUAUCAUGCUUUUGACAACACGUUGAACCAAGUCGACUGAUAUAAUAAAAGCAAAUUUCUCUUUUGAAGACUCAGUUAUCCUUUCUUGGGGAACAAUAUAUGUAAAGAAUGUUGCUAUGGUCAUACAACCUGCAAAUUUUCAGUGACUUGUAGUUGUAUUAUCAUCUAAAUUUUCGCAGCCUUGUGAGUUGCAUGAAGUUGAAGGAUAAUUAAGAAAUAGAAUUGUAUAGCUUAGUAGUUAAUUUUAAGUAUUUGAACUUUAAUAUGUGAUUAUCAUUUGUAAAAAAGUGUAGAAAUUGUCAAUAGGGGAAGACUAUUAAUUUUUUAGGGUUUACCAUUA